GUUUUGUAGCCAGUGUAGUAAAAGUAUUUUAUUGGAAAUCGCGCCAGACAGUUUAUGUGCAAAUAUUUUUCGUAUUUUUAGAGAAAUAUCACUGCUUAUUAUAAAAAAUAGGCCUUUCAUCAACAAAAAAUGCAGGCUUUUCUAAAAACAGGCAAAACUACUACACAUGAAAAAUCACAGGCCAGUACAAGUGGUGGUUCUUCAACUGCCGCAGCCGGUAGUGUUGAGCGUCGUAAACCGCCAGCUCCUUGGGUUGAGAAGUAUCGCCCCAAGAGUGUGGACGAUGUCGUUGAACAAUCAGAAGUUGUAGCUGUUUUGCGCAAAUGCGUUGAAGGCGCAGAUUUGCCAAACAUGCUUUUGUAUGGGCCACCCGGAACUGGUAAAACCAGUACAAUAUUAGCAGCUGCACGCCAAAUUUUCGGUGAUAUCUAUCGCGAACGUAUAUUAGAGCUAAAUGCUUCAGAUGAACGUGGAAUUGCAGUAGUACGCACAAAAAUCAAGAAUUUUGCCCAACUGACUGCGAGUAAUACACGACCAGAUGGUCGCCCAUGCCCACCUUUUAAGAUUAUCAUACUCGAUGAAGCCGAUUCGAUGACGCAUGCCGCGCAGGCUGCCUUGCGCCGCACUAUGGAGAAGCAGAGUCGUAGCACACGUUUCUGUUUGAUGUGCAAUUACGUAUCUCGUAUCAUUGAACCGAUCACAUCGCGUUGCACCAAAUUCCGUUUUAAGGCAUUAGGUGAUGAGCAAAUUAUUACUCGUUUGCGGCACAUUUGCGAGCUGGAAGGUGUAAAAAUCGAUGAAAAUGCAUACAAGUCUAUAGUGCAGAUAUCGGGUGGUGAUAUGAGACGAGCCAUAACUACACUACAAUCAUGUUAUCGCCUAAAGGGGGCAUCGAAUGUUAUCAAUACUGAGGAUUUACUGGAAAUGUCGGGCAUCAUACCGGAUAGAUACCUUGAAGAAUUUUUAGAAGUAUGUCGAUCUGGAAAUUAUACAAAACUGGAAGAUUUUGUGCGGCAGAUAGGUUACGAAGCUUACAGCAUUGGGCAAAUGUUGGAACAAUUCAAUGAGUAUGUGCUCCGAUGUCCCACACUAACAAAUAAGCAGAAAUCUCUCAUUUGCGACAAGCUUGGAGAAUGUUCCUUUCGCCUACAGGACGGUGGAUCGGAAUACCUUCAAAUUAUGGAUUUAGGAUGUGCUAUCAUACUCGCUCUCAAAUAGAAGCUUCAUAAAUAUUCAUAUGAUUUCUAUAAACAAAAAUAUUACUCAUUAAAGAAUUUCAAGCCAUCUGUAUUAACGUAA